CAUUUUCACUCAAAACUUAAAAUACCACGUUUCGAUAAAACAUAUGCACUCACCUACUUUGCGAUCAAUCGCACUCGUCGGUGCGCUGGUGGCAGUUAUCCAUGCCAAUACUGCUUUUGUCAACGCUGCACCUGACGAUCUUCCUCCCCAUCCUUCCCCUUCUUCCAAGUGCUAUUGUCAGCCCACUGAUCCAUGCUGGCCCAACGAUGCCACUUGGUCUGCUCUCAAUACCGCUGUAGGUGGUCGAUUGAUCCCUACCAAGCCUGCUGCUUAUGAGUGCCACGACCCUCAUUAUGACGCAGCCAAGUGCCAAGAGAUCCAGAAAGGCUAUCACUUUGACUACUGGAGACAUAAACAACCGGGUGCAGUGGAGCAAACUAAUUGGGAAGUUUUCAACUACCGCAGCUGUCGUGGAUUCAACCAGACUGAACCUUGUUACCAAGGCGCUGUCCCUCUUUAUUCCGUCAAUGUCACCAAUGUCCAGGAUGUUCAGCAUGCAGUUCGUUUUGCAGCCAAAAACAAUAUUCGCCUCGUCAUCAAGAACACCGGGCAUGAUUACCUUGGGCGUAGUAUUGGCGUUUCAUCCCUUAAUGUCUGGGUUCACCAUUUGAAGAAAAUCGCGUUGGAUGAUAAUUUUGUGCCAGAGGGUGCGCCUCGUAGGACCCCAGGCCAGGGCGCUAUCAUCCUUGAUCCCGGUGUGAUCUGGCAGGAAGCCUAUGCUGCCGCAAAUGAGCAUAAUGUGACAGUCGUGGGCGGUGCUCAUCCAACAGUUGGAACCAGUGGUGGUUACUGUCAGGGUGGAGGACAUAGUCCCCUCUCUCCUCGUCACGGCCUCUGUGUCGACAAUGUGUUGCAAUACAAGGUCGUUACAGCAGAUGGGCAACUCAGAGUCGCCAAUGCUUACAAGAACAAGGACCUCUUCUGGGCGCUCCGCGGAGGCGGAGGAUCUACCUUUGGUGUCAUCGUCGAGGCAGUCUACAAGACUCAUCCCGCAAUUACAGAGUUCAGUUAUGCCGGCUACCGCAUCGGAUUCAAUGGAACUGAGGCUCGCCGCAAGGUCUAUACCAGCUUCUUAUCUCAGCAGCUUGCAUGGGGCGCAGCCGGGUACUCAGGCUACUCCUACUUCCAACUCGAGGGUUUGAUGUUCUACUACAUGUUUCCAGGCGUAGGUUCUACAGUUGUCAACAGUACAAUGUCCGCUUUCUUGAAGGAAAUUGCUUCUAUCCCGAACAUCACUAUUGAAGGAGAAGCCGUCUCUGCUGGAUCCUUUUGGGAGGCUUUCGGGCCAUUAGUAACCAACAAUACCGAACCCACCUCUGGAUCAAAUACCAUUUUGGGUUCGCGUCUAAUCCCAAAGGCCAACUUUGAGGAUGCUGCAGGCAUUAGUCAGCUGGUGGAUGUGAUGAUGGAGGCGCAGGAUGACCUUGGUAAGCUCAUGGGUCCUGCUGGAGCUACUGUUCUAGGUCAUUUGGUUGCAGGAGGUCAAGUGAGUAAGGGUAACAGCCGAGAAACCUCAGUGCUUCCUGCGUGGCGCAAAGCAUUGUUUCAUGUGGUUGUAGCAGCGUUCUGGCCCGAUACGGCUCACCCAGGGGCGCCUCAAUAUAUGGGAGAAAAAAUCACAGCAACGACUCAGCGGUUUAGAGAUAUCAGUCCUGGAUCAGGAGCGUAUUUCAAUGAGGCAGAUCCUAAUGAGCCUGACUGGCAGGAAGCAUUCUUUGGAAGCAACUAUCCCCGCCUUAGGGCCAUCAAGCGUAAAUUGGACCCUCGAGGUGUUUUUGUCUGUCAUAAUUGCGUUGGCAGUGAGGACUGGAAUAAGGAGCUCACUUGUCGUCUCUAAAUAGUCAAAGAGUGUAUACAUUUUAGAAAAUAAAAAAUAGACAAGUCAUCU